AUUUCGCUUUCUUUCUCUUUUUGUAUAAAACCCAACCCAGCCCAAUUUUAUUUCCUUCUUUAGAUUGCAAUAAUAAUCUAUAAAUCACAGCCCUUUCCCACAAACUCCUUAUCACAAUUUUGGUUCAACCAUUCGUUUUUUCUCUUCUCUUCUCUUCUAUCGGAUCUAGGGUUUCAUUCUCAUAGAGAGAGGGUUAGGGUUUUUGAAAACCUCUCCAAUGUUGUUUUUACGACACUAAUGUAUCGUAUUCGUCUCCUUCAUUCUUUCUCCGUUGCUUUUCUGUACUGGUUUUACGUCUUUUCAUAAGCAACUUUCUCUAAAUCGCUUAUUCUUCUCUUCUUUCUUAUCAUUAUUUAUCUUCUCACAAAUUUAAUGGCUUCUGUUCAACGUGUGACGAGUUCGGGUUCUGAUGGUGUGAAUGGAGCGAUGGACGAGAGAAAAAGGAAGAGAAUGAUUUCGAACCGUGAAUCCGCACGGCGAUCACGGGAGAGGAAGCAGAAACUGUUGGAGGAUUAUCAAGAUGAAGCAAACAGGUUGCGAAACGAGAAUCGGCGAUUGUCGGAGAACAUUAGGGUGAGGGAAGAAGGUUUCAAUGCAAACGAAGCUGCUAAUGGUGUCCUCAGAGCUCAGACACAGGAAUUGACAGAUCAAUUGAAGUUUCUGAAAUCGAUCAUUGAAAAAGCUGAGAGGGAAAAGAUUCCAAAGAUUCCAGAUCCACAACUGAACCCGUGGCAGAUGCUUUAUCCGACUCAAACGAUUAGGGCUUCAGAUUGGUUCUUGCAUUGAUGGAAUGAAACUUUGUUUAUUAUUUUGCUAUCGAGUCUUUUUUUUUUUUUAGAUUUUGUUACCAUUUGUAUCUAAAUAAUAAUGGUUGGUCUUUGUAAGAUAGAUUUGGGGUUUGAUACAUGUUUGGUACUUUUUUAAUGUUGAAUGUUUUUUUGUGUUUCGUUUAUUAUGAUGAUUCUGUUAA